AUGGCGGUUGUUAUCAAAACUUUGAGAAGCCCCGUAUUUUGUUUUGCGAUAAUUAUUUCUGUGAUAAUUGUGGCGACAAAACUCCAGUUUAACAACUCUUCUGGGCCUCAAACGACUCUCCUGGAGCCCAAAAGAUACUUGUCAAGUCGGAUGGCCCCCGCUGCACGACUAGGAAACCAUAUUUUUGAGUUGGCAGCAGUUUUGGGAAUUGCAAGGGUGCUCAAUCGCACUGCAACGUUUUUCAUCGAAGAUGAUUUUUAUCGAGAAAUGCUCGAAAAUACCAGUGAAGCCAUUCCGGGUCUUGUCAAUCAAUUUGAACUUGUUAACGGAACGGUGCCCUCGCCGACGAAAACCACCAAGCUUAACACACGUUGCUGUAUAUUUGUGGAUCCAUUGAUUUUGGAAAACGUUAACGAUCAGUAUUUACACCUUGACGGACUAUUCUAUCAAGCCUGGAAAUAUUUUCCAUCAAUGCGUGACGAGCUCUCCGGCUACUUGAAAAAAUCGAAGAAAAACUACUGGCUUCCCAAACCUGACAAUGAUACAUUUGUAACAUGCGCUCAUGUGCGUAGGAGUGAUUUUACAUCGAAUGGAUUCGCAGCGUCCGAGUCAACUUUUGUAAGAAGUGCUCUUGAUUUUAUUCAAGACAAAGAAAAUGGUGAAAAACUCAAAAAUACCAUUGUCCUAUUCGGUGAUGAUCCGAAGUUUAUGCGAAACAUUUUCAACAAUACUUCCCUGUCGGAUCAGCAAGACAGUCAGAUUUUAAACACUACCUAUUUCGUAUCACAAAACUCACCGUCUGAUGACUUAGUCUACGCAAAAGAUGUAUGUGAUGUCGUGUUGAUCAGUGCUCCCCACUCAACAUUUGGCUGGUGGAUUGGGUAUUUUUCGAAAGGGGACAAAGUAUAUUAUAUGGACAUUCGAGAAACAAAUGAUUGGGUUUAUAGAGUUGGAGAGCUGAACCCAUACGACUACUUCAUGCCACAUUGGAUACCAUUAAAAUUUGCCUCCAAUAAUUCAACAAUUGUAGAAAGUUUGAAAUAA